AACAAACCAUUAAUUUGUCAAUUGAAAGUUGAUUAAAGGAUGGAAAUAUUAUUUCAUAAGCUAGUAACUUUAGUUUGUGCAUUAAUUUUUGUUGCAGGAAAAUUAACAAGUGUGGCUGAUAAUGCUGCAUCAACUGUUACAUAUGUGUUUGGUGAUUCUUUGACAGAAGUUGGAAACAACAACUUCCUUCAGUAUUCUCUUGCAAGGUCCGAUUAUCCGUGGUACGGGGUUGAUUUUUCCGGCGGGCAGGCCACCGGAAGAUUCACUAAUGGCAGGACUAUUGGUGAUAUAAUAUCUGAGAAGCUUGGGAUUUCAUCACCACCACCUUACCUAUCAUUGUCAAAGAAUGAUGAUGCAUUACUAAAUGGGGUUAAUUAUGCAUCCGGUGGAGCUGGAAUCCUUAAUGACACUGGACUUUAUUUUAUUCAGAGAUUAUCUUUUGAUGAUCAGAUAGAUUAUUUUAACAACACCAAAGAAGUCAUCAAAGCUAAAAUAGGAGAUGAAGCUGCAAACAAACUUACCAAUGAGGCUCUAUACUUCAUUGGAAUUGGCAGUAAUGACUACGUAAAUAAUUUCUUGCAACCAUUUUUAACCGAUGGCCAACAAUACACACAUGAUGAAUUUCUUGAACUCCUAAUUUCCACAUUACAUCAGCAACUUACAAGACUACACCAACUAGGUACAAGAAAAAUGAUAUUCCAUGGGCUGGGGCCUCUAGGGUGCAUUCCUUCUCAAAGAGUGAAAUCAAAAAAAGGGCAAUGCUUAAAAGGAGUGAAUGAAUGGGUUUUGGAAUUCAAUUCAAAAGUUCAAAACCUAAUUUCCUCUCUAAAUCAAAAGCUUCCUAAUGCCAAAUUCUUAUUUGCAGACACUUAUGGAGAUGUUUUGGAUUUGAUCAACAACCCAACUUCUUAUGGUUUCAAGAUUUCAAACACUUCAUGUUGCAAUGUGGACACAACAAUAGGAGGAUUAUGCUUGCCCAAUUCAAAACUAUGCAACAACCGCAAAGAUUAUGUGUUUUGGGAUGCAUUUCAUCCUUCAGAUGCAGCUAAUCAAAUCCUAGCUGACAAAUUCUUUAAACUCCUCUUCUCAAACCCUAAUUCUACUAAAAAUCUAAUUUUGUAAUCAAAAGAUCAUAUAUAAUAAGGGGUUAUAUUCAAUUAGAUUGAAUUGAUUGCUCUCA